UCGAUUAGUGGGGCUGGGGAACAUGGGGAGAGCGGAUAAAUCCAGCCCGCGAUGCCUAUAAAUGGCGUUUCUCUUCCAAGAUGCACAAUUUAUAAUAAUAAUAAAAAAAAAAAAAGGGAAAAGGGGGAAAAAGCCCCGGUCCGUGUCGUCCCCCCACGUCAGGGCCGGUGGUGGGCGUGAGGCUGUACUUCCUCCGCCCCCUCCUAAUGGAGCGAACCAUUCCCAGCUAGUCCUCCUCGCCCUCUCCCUCUGCCUCCCUCUUUCUCUCUUUCUCCUCUCGUCUCCCCCCCCCCCCCCCCCCCACCCCCCUCCUCUUGUCUGCAAAGUCCUCCGCUGCUCGGAACUUGUUGGCAAUGCCUAUUUUUCAGCUUUCCCCCACGUUCUCCAAAGUAACUAUUUAAAGAUCUGCAGCCGCAAAUGGUUUUACUAAAUGUAGGAUGGGACUUAAGUUGAACGGCAGAUAUAUUUCUCUGAUCCUUGCUGUGCAGAUAGCGUACCUGGUACAGGCGGUGAGAGCGGCGGGGCGGUGCGAUGCGGUCUUUAGGGGCUUCUCGGACUGUUUGCUGCGGCUGGGCGAUAACAUGGCCAACUACCCGCAGGACCUGGACGACAAGAGAAAUCUCCAAACGAUCUGCGCGUACUGGGAUGAUUUCCACGCGUGCACCCUCACAGCGCUCACGGAUUGCCAGGAAGGAGCGACAGACCUCUGGGAGAAAUUGAGACGGGAAUCCAAAAACCUCGAUUUCCAAGGCAGCUUAUUUGAACUGUGCGGAGGAGGCAGCGGCGCGGCCCGGUCCCUGCUUCCGCCGCCCUUGCCCCUGCUCCUGGCGGCCCUGGGGGCCGCGCUAGUGACCUGGCUGCCUUUCUAAGGGGGGCGAGCACACUCACACCCACACCCCCCCGUGCUGGAUCUAUAGAGGAAGUGUCCAUCCCUUGCUCUGGGGACGUUGUGCUUUUCUGUGGUUGAUGCUGGUGAUGGUGGUGGUGGUGGCUGAUGGUGGUGAAACACCCGUGUAGGACUGUGGAAGCGUUCUCCCUUUAUUAUUUUUUUCCUUUUGUGUUUUAUUUGCCAAAUGUUACCAAACAGGCAGCGGCGCGCAGCCCGAAUCGGACCUCAGCUUUACUAUCGCUUCGAAUCAAAAAAAUAGAAAAAAAUAAUAUUAAUAAUAACAAUAAUAAUAAUAACCAAACUCGAGCCCUCGUUGUGCAAAAGCAAUCUCAGGAACGGCUCUGGGCCACCUAACGCUAAGGCGCUAAGGCUGUAAAUCGGCCGGGCUACCUCCCGGCCAGCCACGGUCCCCCUGAAAGUGCGGCAGGGUGCGGGGCGAGAGCAAAACCGCAGCCAAACACAAAAAUGGCACGGGCGAUGAGUCCAAGGGAGAUGUCCACGUGUGAAGCAUAUGGUGAAUAAUUCACAAUCUCUCAUCUUUCCUCCACAGUCGCUUGUUUUAUUGGUCAUUCCACUGAAAAAAAAAAUAAAAAUAAAAAAAAAAAGAGAGCAUUUUUCCUCAAGGAGAAAAGAGCGAGCGAGAGGGAGAGAGGGGGGGGGGGGGAAGGAAACGAACAGUUAAGGAAGGAAGGGAAAAGCGACAGAAAAGAUGUAUCUGAAUGCCCGGAGGAGUGAAGGAAUGCUGCUAACAGAUCUCUGAGAGUUUACCUUUACUUGCUGUUCGAAGGCAUCUUUCCGAAUUCACUGCCUUUAAUUUUUUCCUCCUCUUUGUUUUAGAUGUUACACAUAUCAGUAAAAUACCUGAAUAUCCAACCGUAGAGAUCACAAAAAGGGGGCUUAAAUGUAAAAAUAAAGAAAAAAAAAAAAGAAAAAAAAACAACAGCAAAAUGGUUUUGAAAAAAAGAGCCUUGAUUUUAAAAGAGAAGAAAAAUGUAAUUUAAACAAAAGUUUAUUAUAAAGUCAAUUCAGCAAAAAAAUAACAAAAAAAGAUUUGCUACAAAGUAUAGACUGAAGUAUAAAAUAAAACAAUUAUUGUUUGAAA